AUGCGUUUCGUGCUGAGACUCCUGCUUGUCGCCCUCGUCGCCUUGUUCGCCGUCAGCAGGGCAGGUGUGUGAAGUGUUGCUGGGUUUAGGAGUUUGGCGGGUUAACAGCUUUAAAGAGUCUUAAGGGGUAUUUUUCAAAAUUGGGAUUUCUUAAGGUACUUUUUGGCCCUUUCUCUUGCUAGACUGUAUCAAAGCUUUUUAAGCGGGUUUUUGGGUUUUUCUAUGACCUUGUCGGUGUUGGAUGGAAGAGGGGGGACUGUUUCAAGUCGUGGAAAAUAGAAAAAAUGUAGAAGUUCGACGAAAUGAUCGUCUCCUUGUUCGGCGGCAGCAUGGCAUGUGUAUUCAGGAGGGAUGGCUCAGAAGGUUCUUGAGAAACUUUAGAUGUCAUCAGAACUCUUGAAGGUUUCUAUUUGAAUUUUAAAAUCGGUAUAAAGGUACAUUAAGGUGUUAAAAGUCUAAGGGGUUAUCAUUUCAUUUAAAAACUGCUCAAGGUAUUUUUAGCAUUUUUCCUUGUUGGACAGUGUUUUCGAGCUAUUUUUUGGCACAUGGAUUUUUCUCAUUUUACUGGGACCUUGUCUGUUUUUUUUGGGAAUACAUACGGACUGUUAAAAAUCGGUGAGAAUGAAGUGAAUUUCUCAUAUUUGCCAUGCUAAGAUUUAGAUUUUUUUUUUGAAGAUUUUCAGAGAAGUUUUUUGAGUUUUGAGAAUGAUGGAAUCUGAACAUUUUCACUCUAGAAGUAAAUUUUUCAAUUAUUCAAACAGAAUUGCCUAGAAAGGUUCUUUUUCGGUAUUAUAACUUUUUUUUAAAAGUCGACGAGAUUUUUUGAACGUCAAAAUAAAAUUUUUCAUUUUUGAAAAUUCUUUUUUCUUUCAAUCUGAGACUUCUACUUCAAAGUAUACUACGACCAAACAAAUUUUCAAUAUCUGACAGAAAGAUUCAUAGGAUAAUGUAUGAAUGAGCCAAAAGUUGUAGGGAUUCACAAGAUAUUUUAUUUUUCCUGUUUCCAAUUUGAAAACACGUGCUGAAGCCAGAAAAGUCAUUUAUAGGAUUUGCUAUGUGUUUUUUAUUAUCACCAUUGUUUUUUUGAUAUUUUUGGAAGCUCUACAUUUUUUGGAAAAACUUGAAAAAUUUUCCAGACGGCUUUCGAGCUGUUUUUCUUGGAUUAAUCAUUCUGGUGGUCCAUUUUUUGGGUCAUCAAGGCUUGACUUGAAUUCUUGAUUUCACCCACGUUUUUUUGACUUUUUUUUUCGAAUCUUUUCGGAUUUCAUUAGUUUUCGUAGUGGAAAGAUUGAGUAUGAACUUGAAAAACUUCUUUAAAACUUUUUAAUGUUUUUUGAACGUUGAAGGAGCUCCCUUUUUUUCUUUUUGAAUAGUCUAAAAAAAUGACCCAAUUUAUUUUCCUGGUACCCUGGAAACGUCUAAAAAAUGGAGACGCUGAAGUUUUCGUUUCUAUGAACAUUGGGAAUUUUUUGCAACUUCCGAGAUUUUUUAAAAUUUUAAACGGUGAACUUAAAAAAUUCCAAUCAACCUAUUUUUUGCCCAAAAAAAGAACCCGGGUUCCUCCAAGAUCUUCGAAAAAAAGCUAUUCAGAAAAAUCGUUGAGAAUUUUCAAAGUUCUGGAUUUUUUCUACUAGGUUCUAAGCUUAUGAAAAAAACUUCUAGAAUAACUUUAGAACUUUAUGAUUUACCUAUAAAUUUUCUAGGAACCUUAUGAACUUUUUUUGAAAAAAAGUAAUUUAUUUUUUUGAAGCCAAUUUCUUGAAGUUAGAAGCUUGUGAAGAACUAAUCAAACCCGAACUUAUUGAUUUUAGCGAUUUUUUUAAAAAAAUUCAUAGGCUUUCUCAGGGACGAACGGGGAUUCAAAAAUUCCCUUUUUUUCGAAUUUAUAUAUGUAACUUGGCCUUGUAGAAGAACUGAUUUUUAACUUUUAGCUUGAUUUGAACUGAAAAAUAUUCUUCGAGGAAAAUUUUCAAUUUUCGUAGUUGCAAGGAACUCUGAAACUUUCAGCUCGAAAAAACCCACCCGGAAUUUUGCCAAAAGCAAAAAAAAAAAAGGUCGCGACCUUUCUGAAGAUUGCAAAAUUAGUACUUUCGAGUCGUUUUACGCAUUCUGAAAAAAACUCGUUUCUCUAUCUUUUGAACUUUAUCUUCUAUUUUUGGUGAAAACAGCCGGAAACGUGUCGUCUUUUUUCUAGAAAUUAUCAUUUAUCAAAAUAACCGAAAGAAUGGAAAGUGCGCACCUUUUUGAUUGUUGAUAUUUUUCGAUGAUAAUCUUCGGCUUAAUCUUCCUGUACCGUACCGGAUUUGCGUCGUUGAAGCGCACUUUCUGCGAUAAAAAUAUUUGGGUUUGGGAAUAAUGAGUUGGCGUUGUAAUGAAGAGGGGGUGGACUGAUUUUUGGACUCAAAUGAAAGAUUUUUUUGAAAUUUAUGAAUUGCUCCCGGUUUUUCUCCCUCGGGAGGAAAUCCUGAGUAAACGCGAGGUUAACGGGAUAAAAAUCUUUUGUAUUGAUCCCGAAUUUCUCCCGCGGGAUUCCAAAUUCCUACCUCGGGGGAUAAAUUUGAGCGCCUGAGAUCGAAGUCGAAGUCGUCGAAAACUAUCAAGAUUUUUUUGGUCCACUAAAAAAAUUUUUUUAGAGGAUUUUUUUCCCGUCCCUUUCUUCAAAUAAAAACAACUUUUAUAGCCAUUUUUUUGUUGAACUUAAAAAAUUUUUUUUUAUUUUACAAUUUUUUUCAUUCAGAAGUUAUAAGCCAGAGUUUUUUUCAGAAUUGAAAAAAAUAAUAACUUGAAUUUUGUUCAAAUUUGAGCUCUUGAAAACAUUUUUUUCAGCUUUUUUUGAUCCCAUUCUCGCAGUUUUAAAACUAAAAUGUUCUUUUUUUAGUCCGAUUUUGAUGAUUUUUCUAUUUAAAAAAAGCUUCAAACUUGAUUUUUUUCAUGAUAUUCGACCUCAAAAUUGACCCAUACGGAAACUUGACUGUUGCAAUCUCAUCAUUUUUCUCAGUUUUUCUCAAUAUUUUUCUAAGCUUUUUUUCGGAUUUUUUUCAAUCCAAUUCCCCCAACAUCCUCAUGAGUACCGUUUCCACCUGACUAUCCCAAAUAAUUCCGCAAACAUCCUAUUCCCACUACAAAUUCGGACCCUCAACCAUAAACUAACUGGUUUUGACGCGGAUAAUUAUUCGGUUACGGUAGCCGUGAACAAAUUGACGUAGAUUUGAGGGUACAGUAGGACUUUUUCGAAGGAAGUGGAAGCUAGUUUUGAUUUUCAAAGAAAUAAAAAAGGCUCUGACGAUUUUGUAAUGUAAUCCAAGCGACUGGAGGAAUAAAGAUUCUUUUUUUUGACUUUAUACUUCUUAAAAUUAGGAUUGAAUGUGCUGAAUUGAAUUAUGAUGCAGAAAAGUGGGUGUUUUGGACUUGUUUUUUUUUUAAAUAAUUCAAUUUUUAACGGAAUUUGUGUGACUUUUCUCGAUUUUUGUCACCAUUUAUUUAAAUUGAAGGUUUGAGGUAAUUGUGGAAAGGUUCAAAACGUUAGGAGUACUUAAAAAAAGCUUCCGACUUGAAGCGACUCAAAACGCGACCGCGACGCUCUGAGCCAUUCCCAAUGCGACCAAGGUUUUUCAUCGGAUGCCCUUCUUUAUGAUAAAUGUUGUGGAGAGGCCAAAACGUAAAGAGUACGUCAAAACAGCUUCCGACCCGAAACAACUUGCGCGCUGACACAUCGGAAGCAUUACAGCCAGCUUGGCAUCAACUGCGACGCUCUGAGCCAUUCCCAAUGCGGCCACGUCGAUAAAAAUUGGUGAAUGGAGUUCGAUAUUAUAAGGUUUGUAAAGGUAAAACAGUAUCCGACCUUAAACGGCUUGCGCUCUGACUCAUGGGUAAGCGUUGGAGCAAGCCUAGCAUCAACUGCAAUGCGACCGCGAUGCUCUGAGCCAUUCCAAAUGCGACCAUGGCGUUUCAAAUCAAAGAAUGGAGAUCGAUAUAUGAAAAUCGAAGUCUUGAUUUAUUUUUUUACAUAUUUCGUUUUCGAUUCGAUAAUUUGCCAUUUGAACCGAACGCUAGGAGUACGUCAAAAAAGUUCCCGACCUAAAACGACUUGCGCGCUGACCCAUCGGAAAGCAUUGCAGAGUAGUUUUAUUGGGUCCUUAUCCGAAAAAAUAGUAUUUUCCACAUUUUAAGAUUACUCUGGAUUGGAAUUGAAGCUUUUUCGGAUAACUCUGUCAUUUAAACCGAACUAGAACCUUUCAAAAUAGUGAAAACAAGCGUUUUGAUUCAAAUUAUCUAUUUCAAAACCGUCUUCUCCCAAAAAGGAUAGAGCUCUCAAAAAUCGUGAAAAAACAAGCUUUUUAAUUGAAUCCUUCGAUUUUGAACCCGUAAACAUACUUUUUUUUAAUUUCAAUGAUUUUUGAAACGGGUCCAGGAAAACAGGAGAAUUUCCCAUUAGCCGUCCAUUAGUCGGAUUGAAAAAGGUUCGAAUUUCCGGCGAUCAACCCGGAAAUUUAUGUUUCGCUUCGGUUUUUGAAGAGGAAUAUGAAAAUAGGAGGGUUUUUCAGAACUUACCAUGCAAAAGGAGCGGAAAAAUACGCAUUUGUAAAGAUUUUUAUCUUUUGAAAAUCAUUUUUCAACUUCCAACUAGUGGAAGGAAGUCCGAAAUUUCUCUUAAAGUAUUUUUUUCAUUUUUUUCUUUAUUUAAAGUUUUUUUGACUUUCAGUUUUUUUACAAGAGAAAAAUCAAAAAAGAACCAAUUGAGUUCAAAUUUCUCAUAUCGAAUUCCCAAAUAAUCUGGGAAAGCGGAUUUACGUCAAAAGUUUCGCAGAAAAUUAAAAAAUCCUGGGAAAAUUUUCGAAUUUUCGGACCAAGUUUCAUUGAAAAGGGGAGAAAUUGAGUUUUCUUUAGAAAGUUCUAUGAAAAGCCAUUUUCUAUCAAUAAUUCUUUUAAUUAAUGUACGCGAGGCUAGACUAGAACCUACGUAAUCUUAUAAUAACUGGCUGAAAAACAAAGAUUCGCUAAACUUUUGUCUAUUUUUACCCGUAUCAAAGCAUUUCUGAUGAGUCAACAGCUGAAAACAAAGGGAUUUAUUUGAAAAAUUGGGAAACCUUGGUUGCAUUUGGAAUGGCUCGGAGUGUUAUUCCGAUUUUAUACGAUUCUAAAGCUGCUGGGAAGCUCUGGUUGCAUUUGGAAUGGCUUGAAGCGUCGCGGUCGCGUUGCGGUUUAUUUAGGGUCUCUUAUGUUGAUUUUAUAUGAUGCUAAACCAACUGGGAAAGACUUGGACGCGUUUGGAAUGGCUGAAAGCGUCGCGGUCGCGUGGCGGUUUAGUUAGGCUCUCUCAUGUUGAUUUGGUAUGAUGCUAAACUUACUGGGAUAGUCUUGGCCGCAUUUGGAAUGGUUAAAAGCGUCGCGGUCACGUUCCUCCACUUAGUCGAUUUCAUAAAAUGCUGAACCUGCUGGAAAAGGCUUUCUCGCAUUUGGAAAGGAUCUAUUUGGCCAAUUUUAUAGGAUGCUAAACCCGCUUGGAAACUUUGGUCGCAUUUGGAAUGGCUCAAAUGCGCUGCGGUCGCGUUACGGUUUAGUUAGACUUCAUUUAGCUGGUUUCAUUGGUUGGAGCCCGUUUUGAAAAUAUCUGACCCCCUUACGCGCAAGUCGUUUUGAGUCGGGUGCGUCGAGCCAUGCCACGUGCGACCUCCAAAUUUUGACUAUUUUUUGAUUGCAAACCUUUUUUCGACCAAAAAUCAAAGUUUCGCUAGUCUCACUGCAUAUUUCAACACGUUUUUCAUCUCAUGAAUAAAUGAAAAAUCACGUUUUCUUGAGGAAAUACAUUUCGUAGAUCCGUUAUUUACUAGAUUUUCAACACACGUGCCGCCCCCACAGGCCCUUUUUUCACCGUGAAUAAGCUUUGAAGACUUAUUAGUUUGUCAGAAAAAACCAAAUUCCAGCUUAAUGGCUUAUUUCGCGUAGAAAAAAACGAGGCGAAAACACGGCCUUUUGAAUAAUUAUUAUACAAGAACAAGGGCUUGUGAGGGUGUUUUUGAAGCUUUUUUCUGAGGGAAAAUAGACAAAUGUUUUAUUAUUUAGAACUUGAGGUGACUAUACGACGGAAUUUUCAUUUUUUGAAAUUUAUCUCAGGGGUAUUUUCUGAAAGUUCUUGACAAAUUUGUUGAAUUUUUUUCAAUUUUUGAGCUUUUUACUGGCUUUUCUCGUUUAACAAGAUGAAAUUUGAACUACAAACCAUGAAUUAUGAACCUAAUAAUUUCGAAACUUCACGUCUGGAUGUACAAAGUAAACAUUGGAAAAAUAGAAUUCCCUCAAUGGCCGACUCGAAUUUCAUGAAUUCCCCCACUCGGGCGCCAAAGUUUCACUCCUUUUUCGCUUCAUUGAGAAUAUUCGGGAAUAUUCAAAAAAAAAACUCUGAAAAAUUCCAGAGUGGUCCCCAUAGGGGCUCUUGGAGGGUGACCUCUAGUGACCACUUUUACCAGCCCCUAUAGGGGUCACUAGAGCUCGAAAAAGUCGUCCCUAUAGGGGUUUAAUUAGUAGCCCUUAUAGGGGCAUUCUAGUUGAUAAUUUUGAGAAGGAUUUCCAUAGGAAAAAUUUAAUAAGUAAGCAUUUUUUGAAUAAAAUUGAGAGAUCCCUUUAGGGACCACUUUUUCGGCUCCUAAAAAGGGGUGUUUUUUUCCUUCUAACCCCUAUAGGGAUCACUUUACAAUUCUUCAGAAUUAAUCGAUGAUUUGAAAGUUAGGGCUUUAAGUUGUUAAUGUUGAAUAAAGAAACUAAUGACGUCACUAUACUGAAAUUUUUGGAAAAUGACGUCAUCAGGAGGUUGUGACGUCAUUCUAAAAAGUAUUUUUAGUUUUUAAAGAAAAUUUUUCGAACUGAUAAUUUUAUUAAUAAUAAUCCGAUUCAAAGAUAUACGUCAUCUUUAAAAAAAGCUUAGAAAAAUCAUUUUUGACGACGUCAUAAAAAAAUUUUUAUUUUUGGGUAAGGUUACAGUUUCAGUUCUAAAAACUAAUGCUACUUUUUUUCGUUAUUUUUUUAGUUAUAAUUUUUAUUGGUAUAUUUAAUAUAUCCUUGAUCUAGCCUCAAAAUUUUCUUUUUGAUUGGAAUCCUUGAUUUUUUUCCCUAUCCCUUUUCGGAACUUCAAAGAUCCCGCCAAAACAAUCCUCAUAUGACACAUUUUGAUUUUUUUAAUUUAUAAACGUUUUCUUCCGCGUGUAGGUGGAGAUCAGAUUGCUCGAAUAUUUGAUCCCAAAGCCGUUUAGAAUGGUUAAUUGCGCUCCAAUGAUGAAAAACUUUCGUGGGAGACUCCGCGAGGCAAAUUGGUUUCUCGGGUUGGAAGAUUCUUUGGGGAGGUUUUGUGGGGAAAAUGAAGGACGGAAAAAGUUCAAUUGAUCCUUUAAGGUUCAUAAAAGAAGAAAAAUAUCGACAAAGAUCCUAAAAAGGGGCAAAAAUUUCUCGGCUGCUUUUUUUUAGUUUAUCGAGAAAAAAAAACCUUUUUCUUCUUUUCAGCCUUUUUUAUUACCUCGAGAAGGAUCUUGAAAGAUAUUUUUGUAACUGCUUUUUCGGUAUUUUCAGACUUGGUAGCAUUAGUUUGGUAAAAUCAAGGUUUUUAAUUUUUUAAGCCUGGAUUUUUCAAAAUUGAGUUGGUGGAAUGGAUUUGGAAAGUUAAUGAAUAGAAUGUGACAUUUUAAAAAUUGUAAAAAUCGUGGUUUUCUGAAACCACCAGUAAUUGGAAAACUAUUAAAAAAAAGAAAAUUAAAAAAAUUUACAAACUUUUUUUCAGACUACGACGAUGGCUUACUAGAUGGCGACUACUUUGCAGCUUGUGAGUUUUUUUCUUUGAAUAUUUUUCAAUUUUUUGACCAUUUUUAUGAGUCUUCAAAGAAAACUGAUCUCACUCAAAAAGAAAAUCAAAAUCCAAAGUUCAAAAUUUUUUUCCUUUCUCAAACGAGUCAAUGACGAUUUUUCCCAUACCCAGUUUCUAUAGCAAAAAUUGUACUUAUCUGGACAAAGUUUCAAAAAUAAUCACGCGAUUUCCCUGAGAGAACAAAAUGACGAGAAGCUGGGGGAUUUUCUCGCAAAAAGCACGUUUCUUCUAAUUUUUUUUAGGGUAGAUUUUAGUGGCCACUUUAGGGUUUCACGUUUUAGUGGCUAUUGUAGUAGUUGAAUUACUAUGGUGAAAGCUAAACAGACAACUACUUUAGUGGCCACUGAAAAUAGAACUACUAGAGUGGUCACUAGAAAGAGAGCCAAUAUAGGGAGCACUCAGAAAUAUAACUACUAUAGGGGCCACUAAAAAGAGAACUACUGAAGGGGCCACUAGAAAAAGAGCCACUACAGGGGGCACCCAGAAAUAUAACUACUCAAGUGGUCACUAAAAAGAAAAUUACUACAAGGACCACACAUAGUAUGUCACAUACGCCAGACAGAUCGCAUUUCGGUUUUUUUUCGGUAAUGAAGGAAUAUUGAAAAGGUAAACUCACUUUGACAAAGAUUAAAUUCACUAAAUUGCUGAGCCGAUUUUUAAAUUUUAGAGUUUUUUUUAGGAUAAUAUAGGGAACAAUUUUUGAGUUAUUCCCGUUUUUUUUCAAAUUAAACUUCGGCCAAUUAUCGUUUUCUUUUUCUCCGUAGUUAUUCAUAGUAACAGAGGUUUCCUUUUGUUUUUCUAUGAAGAAAAUGGUAUUUUUUAAGCUUAAUAGCCAUUUUUAAGUUUAAAAAAACAGUCUGACCUGUCUGCGCCCUCUUUUUCCCUCGGCGGCGAGGUCAUAGAAAAAUUAAGAGUAAGUAAAAUUGAGAGAGGGCAAAAAAAAAAUGAACUUACCAUUUUUAUUUUACUGAAUUUCCUUCCCUUAAUCAACGGCCCAUAAAAAGACUUAUGUAUUUUUGAACUUUUUUUAAAAUGAAAUUUUAUUUAAAAAAAUUUAAAUUUUUCUCGAUAUCUUUCGAUGUCUUGUUUGAUUUAUAAACAACUUCAUUGAUUUUUUUGAACCACUUUUUCAAAUUUUUCUAAAUCUUUCAGUCAGGAUCCCAUAAAAGAGCUGUUUGGAUUUAUUGAAUGGAAUUUCUUUUGAAAAAAAUUUUUCCACCAUUUUCAAUGUAUCGAUUUUAAGCCACUUUUUUUACUGAAUUUUUCGAAAUUCGAAGCCCAUAAAACGCUGGUUGAACUUUUUUUGGCAUCAAAUUUCAUACCAAAGGCAAAUUUUUCUCGUAUCUCUUGAUCAAAGGGCUGUUUGAACUUUUUUUGGCAGGGAAUUUCAAUGAAAAAAAUAAUUUUUUUCCCCAUUCUCAAUUUUUUUGUUGUAACGAUUUCAAGCCACCCUUUACUGAAUUUUCGAAAUUUGAAACUCAUAAAAAGGCUGUUUGAACUUGUUCGAAGGCAAUGUUAUACAAAAAGGAAAAAUUUUUUUCAUCAAUUUCAAUGUCUUGAUUGAUUUUUUUGUACCAUUUUAUUGAUUUUUUUAAGUCAAUUUUCACUCAAAUUCUUCAAAUUUCUCAAUCAGGACCCCAUAAAAGGACUCGUAGUAUAAAAAUCUUUCGAAAAUAAGACAUUUUUUUCAUCAAUUUCAAUGACUUUUGUAUCGAUUUUGAGCCGUAUUUCAUUGAUUUUUUGAAAUCCGAGACCCGUAAAAGGCUGUUAGGACUUUUUAGAAGAGAUUUUUAUACAAAAGGCAGAUUUUCUCGUAUCUUUCAAUGUCUUGAUUGAUUUUUGAACCACUUUAUUGAUUUUCGAAACCAAUUUUCAUUGAAUUUCUUCCAAACCCUCAAUCAAGGGCUCAUAAAUGGCCUCUUUGAACUUUUCGGAAGGAAAUUUUUUCGAAAAUAAGACUUUUUUUUUCAUCAAUUUCAAUGCAUUUUGUGUCAAUUUUGAGCCAUAUUUUAGUGAUUUUUCGAAAGUAGAGGCCCAUAAAAGGGCUGUUUGAUUUUUUGGGUAGGAAAUUAUAUCCAAAAGGCAAAUGUUCUAGUAUCUUUGGAUGUCUUAAUUGAUUUCUAAACCACUUUAUUGGUUUUUAAACCUUUUUAUUGAUUUUAAAAACCAUUUUUUCUAUGAGUUCCUUCGAAUCCCUCAAUCAGAGGCCCAUAAAAGGGCUGUUUGGACUCGUUGGAAGGGAAUUUUUUCGAAAAUAAGACUUUUUUUUUCAAUUUUAAUGUUCUUUCCACCGGAUUUUUGAGCCAGUUGGCACUCAUUUUUUCAAGUAUCUUAAUCUAGGAUCCAUAAAGGCUGUUUGGACUCGUUGGAAGAGAAUUUUUUGAAAAUAAGACAUUUUUUCAUCAAUUUCAAUGUCUUUUGUACCAGUUUUGAGCCAUAUUUCAUUCAAUUUCUCCAAAUCCCUCAAUCAGAGGCCCAUAAAAGGGCUGUUUGGACUCGUUGGAAGGGAAUUUCCUUCGAGAGGUCUCUGUGUCUUUCUUUCGGUCGCAACAGUUGGCCAUUCAAUUCACGCCUCUUUGAACACGCUCUUAAUACAUAUACACACACAAAAGGAGAGAGGACACACUUCUCGGCCCUUUGAUGGUCUUCUUUUUCCUUUUUCCUUUUUCUUUUCGUCCCUUUUCGGAUUCUCGAACCGAAAACCGACGGGGAAAAGAAGGAGGAGGUCUUUGAGAUCAAAAAACCGAGGAAAAUUGAAGGGUUCAGUAAAGUUGCUCUAUUGAUAAAAAAAUGAGCAUCCUUGCAAUUUUUGAAGUGAAAAAUUCUAAUUUUUUUAAAAAUUUUUUUGAAAAAAACAAUUUUUUUGUGACUUUUUUUCUCAACGGAGCUUGGUCCACAGGGGAGCAAUUUUUUUAAAAAAAUUUCCAAAAAAAUAAUGAAUCAAGUCCUGGAAGUACAAAAAGGCUUCAAAAACUUUGAGGUAAAAAGUCUCGAAAAUUAUAAAAGUCAACUUUAUCAGUGGAGCGUACUUUCUGAGGCUGAGGAUAUUUUUAAGUUCAGCAAAUUUGCUCUAUUAAUAAAAAAAUGGACUUUUUUUAGGGAUUUUUUUGGAGUAUUUUUUUCAGAUCAAAUAAUCUUCAUUGUCGAUUACUCGAGUUUUUGGAAAAAUGGGAUUUUUUUAAAAAUUUUUUUGGCUUUUUUUCCUCAAUGGAGCUGGGUUCAUAGGGGUGCGUUUUUUUGAAAAAUUUUUUUCUAAUAAAAAUGAAAUUCAGCUAAUUUGCUCUAUUGAUAGAAAUGGACUUUGUAACGAUAUUUGGAGUAUUUUUUUCAGACCGAAUAAUCUUCAUUCUCAAUUACUUAGAGCUUUUGAAAACAUUUUGAAAAAAACUGAUUUUUUUUAAAUUUUGGCUUUUUCUCAACGGAGCUUGGUCCACAGGAGGAGCAUUUUUUAAAAAGAAAUUUCCAAAAAAAUAAUGAAUCAAGUCCUGGAAGUACAAAAAAAUCUUCAAAAAAACUUUGAGGUAAAAAGUCUCGAAAAACUAUAAAAAGUCAACUUUAUCAGUGGAGCGUACUUUCAGAGGCUCUUAAAAAUAUUUUUAAGUUCAGUAAAUUUGCUCUAUUGAUAAAAAAAUGGACUUUUUUUAGGGAUUUUUUUGGAGUAUUUUUUUCAGAUCGAAUAAUCUUCAUUCUCGAUUACUUAAUUGAAAAAGUAUUUUUUUGGAAUUUUUGGCUUUUUUCCUCAACGAAGCUGUGUCCAUAGGGGGAGCGUUUUUUUAAAGAAUUUUUUUCUGAAUCUAAGUCCUGGAAGUACAAAAAGGGCUUCAAAAAAAUAUUGUAUUUGAAAAGAAUUGAGAAUAAAAAAAGAUCUCAGGGUCACGAAAAGGCAAAUUAUCAUUUUAAAAAAAAAUCUUGAUUAUCACGUAUUUUAGUCACUUUUUUUCGACGAGUUUUUCAAGCUCCUCAACAUUUUUCGGUUACUUUUUUCAAGUUUUUAUGAAACUUCUCAAAAAUUGAAGUGAGAAAUGUCGAAAAUUCAAUUUUAUCUGCGGAGCGUACUUUCUGUGGCUGAGGAUAUUUUUGAAGGCCAUUUUUGAUUUUUUUGAUUUUUGGUUAUAAGAUUAUUUUUUUCGGACAUUUAACUUGAUAUUUCUAUUUCUCGCCCAAUUAGGUACACAUGUCUUUUUCUCAGAGUCUUUGGACUUAUUCAAAAAAAAAUCAAUAAUUAAGAACAAAAAAACUUAACUUUUUGCACAAAAUGACCUUACUUUUCUUUUUCACUAAUCCGGCCUUCAGACGUAAUAACUUCAUUGUCACCUGAACACAAAAGAGAUUAUUAUUGUUAUUAUCAAUAUAAGGUCCGAUUCUUCUUCGGUCAACAUUCUUUUUCUACUUCCAAGACGAGUUCAUAGAGCUUUUGACGUCACAAAACGGGGGUCGGAAGGCUUGAAAUAGUCGCCAGGAAGAAAAAAAAAACUUUGAAUACAUUAAUUUGAUGGAAAAAGAAUUUCAAUGAUUUUUCUUCUGUUGAAAAAUGACCUAUGGUUGUAUUCCAGAAGGAAAAAAGAACGAAAUAGACGGUUUUAAUCAAAAUUACCAUUUUUUGGGGCGAUGGGUUACUGUAGCUCGUUCAAGGUCCGCAAGCACGUUGACGACACCUCAGCUAAUAUCCCUAAAGAGGCCUCUUUUCGCUAAAUUUUUUUCAAUGUUUUCUGAUAUUUCUGUUAUUCCAAGCUUCAUCUUAUGGUCUUUUUCGCCAGAAGGACCUUUUUUUCAAGGUUUUUUUUUUAUUUUCACGUGAUUUUCUAUCUUUUUUUUCUGUACUGUAAAAAAUAAUUUAAUUGGAAAUUUCACAUUUGACGCCUAAUUUUUGUAAAGUUCAAUCCAAUUUUUUUAUUUCAAAACCUUUUUACUUCAGUAAAACCUUUGUGGCUUCAUAAAAAAAAUGUACUGAUUAGUAGUUUGGCGUGAUUAUGACUUUUUCGAGUUUAAAAAAAUUUUCUAUUUCUUAAGAACGCGCCAAUCACAGUGUUCCCAAACGGACGGCAGCUGUGGUCAGUAGGCGUGGCUGACUGCAACAGCGGCACGGUUUAUUGCAAUAGGUGCGCGGGGAUGAGAGUCAAGUUUUGUGGAUUUAGUGGUUGGAAAAAAAGACCAUUAAAUGAUGUUUUUUUCCUAGGUUCUCGCAAGUUUUUCAAAGAUUUUUUUAAUGUGUAUUAAAUUAUAACGAACAAAUUUAAAUGAAAAAAAGGGACGAAAAAAAGUUUUUUUGCAAAACAAAAUAUCUCCCAAAAAUGUCGUUUUUUUAGGAAAAACUCGUCAAAUCGAACUUCCAAAGGGAAAAAUUGAGAAAAAAAGCUCAAAAGCACUUCUCUUAAGAAAUACCAUUUGAACGUUUUAAAACAAAAAAACAGAUACAUAAUAGCUUGUGCGAAUAAAGUUGUCACCCAAAAAUGACAUUUUUCAAAAAAAUAAAUUUGUCGAAUACUGCCUCGAAAAAUUUUUGAGAAAAAAAUUUCACAGCGUUUCUCUUAAGAAAGUCCAUUUGAAAAUUCUAAAACAAAAAACAAACGAAAUAUCUUAUGCGAAAUAAGUUGUCAUCAAAAAUGUCAUUUUGAUGCGAAUUUCUGUGACGAGAACAAUCGAAAAUCACUUCAAAUCUCUGCAAAACACGAUAAACACGUUUUAAAACACAUACAAUGUGAAAAAAAUACAAAAGAAUGGUAAAAUACGCAAGAAAAAGAGAAAAAACCGUAUUAAAAGUGAAUGAAGUUUUGUGGGGGUGACACGCGCCGCACCGCGUUGCGUUAGAAAAAACUCGCGUUUUCGCCCCAUUGCGACGACCUUUUUUUUCACUUGCCGCCGUCUCUUUUGGAACACUGUGCAAUGGGUUUUAUGAGCUUAAAGCUUGGUUCUUCUUUUUUUUUUGUUGCGAAACUUUGCUCCAUGAUUUUUAUUAUGGAUGAAAGUUGAUUAUAGUAGUUUUUGACAUUUUCCGCAUAAUCCAUUUUUUAACGUUUUGAGUGGAUUAUUUUUUGGGAAUUAUCUUUAUUCAUCUAGGAAAUGCCUAAGUUUCCUUUGAAGGUUAAAAAUCAAUUUUUUCAAUAGGAAAUCUGAAAAAUUUCCCGUUUCUCGGUUGAAGAAGCCAAUGAGGUUAAACUGGAGAAAAGUCGGAACGGCCGCUAAAAGAAAAAGGCUCAAAAAAGGCACCGGAAAGGCAGCAAAAAGGCAGCAAAAAGGUUGCAGAAAGGCAGUAAAAAGGAACCUUUCGAACCUUUCUAUGAAGCCUUUUUUCUCCCUUUCGACUUUGCCGGUUUAUGUACCGAAAAGUUUCGGUUUUCCUUUUUUUUAAACGGUGUAUAUUUUAUAGAGGAUUUUUUUUCAUAAUACAAAUACUUAUCUAAAAAUCCAGCAUUCAUGAUUAUUUUCCAGACGUGAAGAAAGGCGGACCCCAAGGCCCCCUCCGUUUCGGAAAGCGACGCGGUCCUUCCGGCCCUCUCCGGUUCGGAAAAAGAUCCGACUUGCUCGGCGACCAACGUCCGCCCUACUACUGA